AUGUCGAACCGGACCCUACACGUCCCGGACAUUCAAUCAGAGGAUGUUGAACAGGAGGAAAUUCCUACCCUGGUUAGGUAUUUUGAUGAAGGUAACCAGUCCGACCAUUACAAGCCAAACACCUUUAUAUAUUCCUCGGGAUCGUUCCUGACUAUCUCAUCCGAGGACGAGGAACUUCAUAUUAUCAUCCACGCUCACACUUUGAACCGUCAUCCAGGCAAUGAAGAAGUCACCGAAAAAUAUUUUAUGCACUGUCCCGAAACUGCUCAGCCCACAGUGGCGUUGCUUGGUGUUGUUCUUGAACGCGGUGGUCAACUAAACGGCGGGCCAACUCUUCUUCACUACCGUCUCCAGACUACGGUUUACAACUGCUCCGCUCGAGCCUAUCACACCUUCCCAGUCACCACGUACUUCAAAAAUGGUCAGCGGUGGGUGAACUUCCCACCUCUGAUCGCAAAUUCCUAUGUUUUCUUAACAGGUCGCAUUUUUGGCCUCACAAAAGAACAUCGCCAAUUAGCUGUGAUCACAGAUGAUAUACAUUUUCUCCCAAAGCCAAAUCUUCCUUUACCCGCUACGCCUUCCUCGACUGGUAAACGGAAGCGUGUUGACCGUUGGUCCCAAAGGGCUGGCCCUCAGACCCCAACUAGAUCGGCGACGAGUUCGCGGACUGAGCCACUCCCAAUCACCUAUCCGGGACUGCAUUCCCCGGAAGUGGACGCUCUUGAUAAUGAGGACGAAGAAACCACACAAAUUACAUGGCCAGAAACCGCCGACGAAAACGAGCCCUCGCCAGAGGCUCGCACACCACCUCCUGAGAGGCGUUCUCGAAGACGACGUAAAACAUCAUACACUGAUAUACUUACACAAUCGAAAUACAAUACAAUGGCUGAUUAG